AUGCGUCAGCGAAUCACCUUCAUUCAUAAGCCUAGUGACGGCGCGCCUCCGGAGUCUCUUGAGAUUAGCGAUGCCGGCGUAAAGGGUCCCGAGCUCUUGUCUGUCCGGGAAGAUAGAAUAACCUUGGCCCUUGAGGAGCUUCCCUCUGAGCUAUCUCAACUUCUGAGUGAGAGUCACGAGCUACACAUCAAAUGGGUCAGCCCGUUCGCCUACAACACUAUUGGGCCUUUGGCUUCGAGGGUAUCACCAGGCUUUCAUCUCUUUUAUACGCCAAAGAAGGAGGACAUCAAGUGGGAUGCGUUCUCUCACUCCGCGGCGCUUCAAUACUACGAGCCCCUAGAGAGCCUCGCUGUCUUCAGCCAGUACACAGCCGAGAAGCUCUGCCCGGCAUCAGACGCAAACUGCAAGUCCCGCGCCAAGGACCUCAAGACGGCGGCAUCCUUUGACAUAUCCUACGACACAAUCUCGCACGCCCUCAAGCUGACGGCACAGUGGCCCUACGGCAAACACCGCGUCGCCGUCGCCUCGACCCCGAACCACAGGACCGAGGUCGGCAUCCUCACAACCGACUCCACCGCGAAGCCGGAGUCGCACGAGAUCGGUAUGGCGGGCGGCCUCACCGUCCUCGGCGAGCACAAGAAGCCCGCGCCCGUCCUCUUCAACGUGCCCGCCCGCCACCGGCUGCACUCGGACUCGGGAGACGUGGCAUCGCAGCAACAACGCACGAGCUCCUUCUCAGCAACGUUCCUCGAGCCGACGGGCCUGCACCCGACGCUGCAGCUGCGCUUCGACUCGGCUGAGCCGCCGGUGGAGGACGCCUACUGCGCCGUCCACGCGCACCUCACGCUGCCGAAAACCAUCUUUGCGGACCGCUACCAGCUCGCGGACGACCUGUUCCUCAAGUCCAAGAACCUGACUGCCCUGCGCUACGCCAGCGCGCCUGUUGACCUCGAGGCACCCGCAUAUGCCACGAAGCCGUGGGGCUCCGGUGUCCUUCUCGAGCUCACGCCGCCGACGACGACGGAAGAGGGGAAGAAGAACCAGGACUGGACGGCGGAGAUCCCGCUGCACCUCCGGUAUCUGGAGCCCGCUGCGGGUGGGUACACCGAGGUAGAGGUGCCCCACCCGGCCGUCUUCUGGGCGUGCUCGUCCGAAGAGGGUACAAAGUUCCCGAGCAGUCCGUUUGAGAGGGUGAAUCUCGGAUAUGACGCGUUGUUCGGACCGAGGACGGUGUUUUGGCACGUGGAGCCGCGAUCUGUUGUCGGAGGAGACGGAGGUCGGCUUACGAGCACCGUACGCGUGCCGGUUCUCGAGGCCGGGCAGGCAGAGUGGGUUCGCGCCGGGACGGCGGCUGCGGUGGUUGUCGGGUUCGCGUGGGUCCUGUGGAGGCUCGUGGUGGCGUACUCCAAGACGGGGUAUGGAAGGCGUGGCGGGGCGGAUGUUGGUGAGAAGAAGAAGCAGUAG